AUGUCAGAGCCGUCGAAAGUGAUUCAUGUUCGUAAUGUGGGGCCUGAGAUCUCCGAGGUGGCAUUUUAUUUUCCAUCGUUAUUUCUUUUACUUGUCGAACCAUUAAAAAGGCCACCAUAUUUCUCACCCUCUUUUCGAUGUUUCAUAGAGUGAUCUGCUCCAGCUGGUGCAGCCCUUUGGCGUCGUCACUAAGCUCGUGAUGCUGCGAGCAAAGAAUCAGGUUUUUGAGUCUCUAUCCGGUUCUUUGCUAAAGUCCUUCAUUGUUGUUAUCUGUGUGGGCAUGGAAUUAUAAGGACACCCUCUUCCGUGGUUAACUUCGGCCUGCUGCCCACCAUCUCAGGCUCUUCUCCAGAUGCAUGAUUUGGCUUCUGCUGUGACGGCUCUUCAAUAUUACGCAAGUAUUCAACCCAAUGUCAGGUGAUCUCACUACUAUAUUCAACCUACUUAUGCUUUUUUUUACUAUGAGAAUUAUGAUGAUCUCAUGUUACCCUAUUUCAAUUUCGUCUCUCUUCCGUCUUGUUAAGCGAUAUUAAAUUUUCAAACUCAAGUUAUCUGUGAGGUGCCCGCCACCAUCAGCGUCCUAUAUGGAUCAAAUCAUCCAGAGAUUGGUGUCACCACGCAGCUCAAUUUCUAGUCUCUCACCUAUUCAAGCUGUCGAUUUUCGGGUUUGACCCUGCUUGGGUUCUCUUUCAGGGGAAGAAAUGUAUAUAUGCAGUUCUCUUCUCACCAAGAGCUGACAACAAUGGAUCAGAGCUCUCAAGGCCGCAGGGAUCAGGUUAGUGACCAAUCCCCCUCCCCGAACUCUUUACUCACACUGGUUGAACAUCUUAUGUAAGCUUCUACGAUCCUCUUACUUAAUCUUUUACCAAUCAGAAAAAUAGACUUCAAGCUCUAUAAUCCGGGAAUGCUCGUUUUCUCUAUCUGUGCAUGCACCAGUAAUCCACUUCUCCUAUUCUCUUAAAGAAGUUGUUUUCCGAAUUUUAGAUCUUUGUUGGCAGAUGCGUAGAACAGAUUGGUUAGGGUUUUCGUUUUUGGACAAGCAGAAUCUUGUCAGCCGUUUGCCCUGUAAGACAUCAGCAGAUUUCUUUGGCAAAGCUGUGUUUAAUCUCUUCUCAGGCGAAUUUAAUUGCUUGAUUUUUAUUUUUUUUUAAAAAAUAUUUUGGCCGUUUCAUAAGAUAUCUGAAAGAUCAGGCGGUGCUAUAUGGAUCAAAAUAUCCUCAGUUUCCUCGAAAGGCAUUAAGUACCAUUUGCUUUGAUUUUGUUUCUCUGAUGACGGAUGAUUUUUGCUCUAUGUAGACAGCAAUUUUGAUGUGCUUUUUUAGGUUGUUGCAUAAUAUGUGAUCUUUCUAGGUUUUAUUAGGAAUGUGGCUAAAUCCUCACCCUCCCAAGGGGUGGAGCAGCCCAUAUCACUCCUUGCUUGAAUCUGAGAAAGGAUGAACUUCAUAAGUGAGUAGCAUAGUUUGAGAAUAUUAAUCGUCAGAUGAGGAGGAAAUUUUAUGCGCCCUUUCUAUCCUGUGGUUUCGAACUGUUCAUGUCCUAGAGUGACUUGUCUGGGUGGAGAGAAGAGGGACAGCAUCUGCAGCAGCAGGGUUUUCCACUGAUACCUCAUAGACUUUUGAACGUUGUACUGUUUCUUAAUCACGGAGAGAACAUAGAUAGAAAUGGGGAUGCAAGUCACCACAAACCCUAGUUUGUGGGUCAAUAAUUUGGGAGUUAGCUGAUAAUUUCUGAGGGAGUCACAUAUCUUCAGGUCAGAUAUAUGCUUUUUGGAAGGGGAGGGGAAGGGAAGGGGAGAGGGAGGAGACAAGGAGAAAUGGAGAGAGAAUAGAACCCAUGUAGGGGCUGCAAGUAACCACAAACCCUAGUUUGUGGGUCAAUAAUGUGGGAGUCAACUGAUCAUUUCUGAGGGAGACACAUAUCUUUAGGUCAGAUAUGCUUGGGUUGGGGAGGAGACAAGGAGGAAUAGAGAGAACAUAGAACCCGUGUAGGGGCUGCCAGUAACUACAAACCCUAGUUUGUGGGUCAAUAAUAUGGGAGUCAACUGAUAAUUUCUGAGGGAGUCACAUAUCUUUAGGAAUAAACGCUCGAUACCUUUGAAGGGGAUGUGGGUUGGAUGGUCUACAAAGACUGAUUGCUGCAGUUCAUUCAUUAGGUUUCCCCCUCUUGUUGAUCACACUUCCGUCAGCAUGCCAGAGGGACCCACGAAACAUUAAGUGCAUCCUUCUCGAAGAAAUUUAGUUGUUAAUUCUUUUGAACUGAGGAAGAGGGCUUGUGAUGAGAGUCAUAUGCUACUUUUCUGAUGAUGGCUAACGUGACAUUCUUUAAACUGGCAUGCGGUUUUUUCCUUCUGUGUUCUCUUCUUUCUCUCUCUAGUGUAGUACCUUCUCUCUCUUUUUCACUGUGUAUUCUUCUGUAUUCAUCCUUCUCUGUAUUCUUCUGGUCUACUGUUGUGUCCUCAGGAUUCGCAACCCAACCGAAUCAUCUUAGUUACAAUUCACCACAUGCUCUAUCCAAUAACAGUGGAAGUUCUGCAUCAAGUUUUUUCUUCUUAUGGGUUUGUGGAGAAGAUCGUCACGUUCCAGAAGUCAGCUGGUCAGCCCCUUCAAACCUCCCCCCCCUCCCCUUUCUCUCUCUACUUCUGUUGUUGAAAUGCCCGAAUCGGCUUCAAAUCCUUUUGGCACUCGGCACUCUGAAUUACCUUUCCUCGGAAUUCAGAACUCUGAUUAUGCUUACAGAACAUGUUCCAAUCGAAAACGGUCAUGGGUUUCUGCUGAUUCUGUUCUAGUGCUGCAGGGUUUCAAGCUCUUAUACAGUAUCAGUUGCCCCAGAACGCCAUCCAAGCAAGAACUGCUCUACAGGUUUUUGAUUUCAUAUCCUUGUUCUUUAUGCUCCUCCAAGAAAUUAUCUGUCUGUCUUUGGGAAGCUGACGGAUCUCCUUGGUUUAUCUCAGGGACGCAACAUCUAUGACGGCUGCUGUCAGCUCGAUAUACAGUUUUCCAAGUAGAUUCAGAGACAUUCUUCCUAGUUGUGUGGAGGUUGGGUUGACUAUCAGACCAGUUGACUUACUGGCUAUUUUGUUCUCUCCUUUUUUGCAGCCUGAAUGAGUUACAAGUGAACUACAAUAAUGAGAGGUCCAGGUAAGUUGAGGACAUAUCCUGAUGAUUGACCUUGAAAGAGUUGAAUAAUAUCCUGAGGAGCCCAUUUCGUGUUCAUCCAGAGAUUUCACAAACCCAUCUUUGCCUUCCGAGCAGAAGGGCAGACCCUCACCCGUAAGCAAGCUCCUCCUUCCUCUGUUCUUUAUCCCCAUCUGACAGACGAUCGUCUUCCUGCACAAUUUCUCGGCCGUUGACGUUGACAUUGACGUUGACGUUGACUUUGACUCUGUACGCCUGUGGCAGUCGGGCUACGGUGAUGCAGGGAGCCUCUACGCUCUUCAGGCGGCAGGAGCAGGGGGAGGUACUUCAUCUGGCCUGCAAUAUUGAUUUAUUUAUUUACUAAUUUCCCCUUCCUCUUUGAGCUGGACUUCCUCUCCUGAUCCAUUCUCUCAUGGAUGCUUCCUUCUUUUCCUUUUCCAGUUGCUUUCCCACAGGUGAGAGGCCUGCUCCAUAAGAUUUGACAUCUCCAGUUUUGCCUCUCCUCUCUCCGAUCUCCCCGAUCUCUCUGUCCGAUCUCUUCUCUGUCCGUCUCAAUAACUUUGCGAAGAACACCCAAAUACUAACUUCUCGAUCCUUUCUUCUUUUCCUCUUGUGGGGGGGCGCUCAGAUGGGUAACGCUGCCGCCAUUGCUGCUGCUUUUAGUGGGGGAUUGCCGCCGGGAAUCACCGGGACGAACGACAGGUGCACGAUCCUCGUCUCCAAUCUGAACCCCGACGUAAGAAAUCGUUCCCCAAUCCUCUGAAAUCAAAUCCUCAAGGAAGCAAGGAGAUGUUCUCAGAAUAUCUGGUUAUGUAGCGGAUUGACGAGGACAAGCUGUUCAACCUCUUCUCCAUCUACGGCAACAUCGUGAGGAUCAAGCUGCUGCGGAACAAGCCGGACCACGCCCUCGUUCAGAUGGGAGACGGCUUCCAAGCCGAGCUGGCCGUGCACUUUCUCAAGGUUCGUCUCUCUCGCCAUCUCCCUCCCUCCCUCCUGGUUAGGGUUAGGGUUUGGAUUGAUGGUGAAGUGGUGGUGGCAGGGGGCGAUGCUGUUCGGGAGUAGGCUGGAGGUGAACUUCUCGAAGCAUCCGAGCAUAUCGGCGGGGCCGGAGACGAGGGAGUACGCGGGAUCGAACCUGAACAGAUUCAACAGGAACGCGGUGAAGAACUACAGGUACUGCUGCGCGCCGACGAGGAUGAUCCACCUGUCGGCGCUGCCGCCGGAGGUGACGGAGGAGGAGAUCGCGGCGCACCUGGAGGAGCACGGCCCCGUCGCCGGUACCAAGCUCUUCGAGGUCAACGGCAAGAAGCAGGCGCUCGUCCUCUUCGACUCCGAGGAGCAGGCCACCGAGGCCCUCGUCUGCAAGCACGCCUCCAACCUCGCGGGCUCCACCGUCCGCAUCUCUUUCUCCCAGCUCCAGGCCAUCUAA